GUCAUGUCUGUUUCCAUGCCAACAGAUCCUCUUGGGAGAGUAUUUUCAGUAAAAGCCCGGAGGUGGUGACUCCUUUGCAGCUCCAAUGUUGCCAGCGCUUGGUUGAACUUUGUAAACAGUGCCUGCUAGUGGUUUACAAAUACGCAACUGACUCAAGAGGAUCACUCUCAGGCAUUGGUACUGAUUGGGGUAAUUCCAGGUAUUUAUUACCAGGAAGUACACAAUUCUUCAUGAGAACACCAAACUACACCUUGAAAUACAGUUCACCUGGAAUGACUCGCUCCAAUGUUUUGUUUACAUCCCGAUAUGGCCAUUUGUGA